AUCUUCUUGAACUUUCACCUAGGAAAAGUCUAGCAAGUUCACAGCCGACAAUCUUCAACGACAAAUAACGACCAAAUUUACCGGAGUACUUCCCCGACAACCCUUUAACCAACAACCAAACGGAAGUGCAGAGAUGGCCCCCACCAAGAAGACCAAGAAGACCGGCUCCGACUCCAUUAACUCGCGCUUGGCGCUUGUUAUGAAGUCCGGAAAGUACGUGCUCGGAUACAAGUCGACCCUGAAGGCUCUCCGUUCCGGCAAGGCCAAGCUCGUCAUCAUUGCUGGCAACACCCCUCCUCUCAGGAAGUCUGAGCUCGAGUACUACUCCAUGUUGGGCAAGUGCAACGUCCACCACUUCGCUGGAAACAACAUUGAGCUCGGUACCGCUUGCGGAAAGCUCUUCCGUUGCUCCACCAUGGCCAUUCUUGACCAGGGUGACUCUGACAUCCUGUCUUCCAACGCUUAGAGGAAGAACACGGAUGGGUUGGGGAAAGGUGGAUACUCGUGUGGAGACACACUUCGGUAGUCACGAAUAAAAAAAGAACAACCGAAUAUGAGAAUUCAAAUGUUCUACUGUGAUGCGUUCUUGCUUUAGCCAAACUGUGACCUUUUCUAGAAUUCUGUCCAUUCCUAGCCGGACUUUCCAU